GCCCGGCCACGCCCCCAGGCCGGCGGAACCCAAGGCGCGCGGGCCUGCGCUGCCGGGAGGAUUGAGGGAAGGGCACCCGCGCCGCCGGAAGGAGCCGCUUGUUUCACGGCCCUGGGACCCGGGCUGGAAGGCAGGGUAUCAGCUAUGGAACAACCUGGGCAGGAUCCCACCUCAGACGACGUCAUGGACUCGUUCCUGGAAAAGUUCCAGAGCCAGCCUUACCGUGGCGGCUUUCAUGAGGACCAGUGGGAGAAGGAAUUUGAAAAGGUCCCCCUAUUUAUGACGAGAGCGCCAUCAGAAAUUGAUCCCAGGGACAAUCCUGACUUGGCUUGUCUCCAGUCAAUUAUUUUUGAUGAGGAGCGUUCUCCAGAAGAACAGGCCAAGACCUAUAAAGAUGAGGGCAAUGAUUACUUUAAAGAAAAAGACUACAAGAAAGCUGUAAUUUCAUACACUGAAGGCUUAAAGAAGAAAUGUGCAGAUCCUGAUUUGAAUGCUGUCCUUUAUACCAACCGGGCAGCAGCACAGUACUAUCUGGGCAAUUUUCGUUCUGCUCUCAAUGAUGUGACAGCUGCCAGAAAGCUAAAACCCUGCCACCUCAAAGCAAUAAUAAGAGGUGCUUUAUGCCAUCUGGAACUGAAACACUUUGCUGAGGCCGUGAACUGGUGUGAUGAGGGACUGCAAAUAGAUGCCAAAGAGAAGAAGCUUCUGGAAAUGAGGGCUAAAGCAGACAAGCUGAAGCGAAUUGAACAGAGGGAUGUGAGGAAAGCCAACUUGAAAGAAAAGAAGGAGAGGAAUCAGAAUGAGGCUUUACUCCAGGCCAUCAAGGCUAGGAAUAUCAGGCUCUCAGAAGCUGCCUGUGAGGAUGAAGAUUCAGCCUCAGAAGGUCUAGGUGAGCUUUUCCUGGAUGGACUCAGCACUGAGAACCCCCAUGGAGCCAGGCUGAGUCUAGAUGACCAGGGCAGGCUGAGCUGGCCUGUGCUCUUUCUGUACCCAGAGUAUGCCCAGUCGGACUUCAUCUCUGCUUUUCAUGAGGACUCCAGGUUUAUUGAUCAUCUAAUGCUGAUGUUUGGUGAAACACCCUCUUGGGACCUAGAGCAAAAAUAUUGCCCUGAUAAUUUGGAGGUCUACUUUGAGGAUGAGGACAGGGCAGAACUAUACCAGGUGCCUGCCAAGAGCACCUUGCUACAGGUUCUACAGCACCAGAGGUACUUUGUAAAAGCCCUGACACCAGCAUUUUUGGUCUGUGUAGGAUCCUCUCCUUUUUGCAAGAAUUAUCUCCAGGGGAGAAAGGUGUACCAGAUACGAUGACUAAGCCAGGGCCCCUGGAUCUCCUCCCUCACCCUCCUCUGCUGGGAACCUAGCACACCUGAAUCAGCUGGACAUACUGCUGGAGUCCAGUGCUUUCUUUCCGUCACCCUGGGGAUAGUCCUUCCUGGCUUCGUGGUUGGGGAGGAGCCUCUGGCUUCCCUAAACUGCAGCCUCUCUGGCUGGUCUUCACUUUCCUCAGUUGAUAUAAAACUCUGGGCCUUGGCCAUGAUGUCCUUGGACUCCAUUGCUAAAGGGACCAUCUGCUGCAGUUACCACAGCAACUGACCUGAGCGGCACCCUGGUCUGUGGAGAUGGACUCAGGAUCCAGUGACAUGAUUCUGAACUUCUGUGGAGUUUGACACCUUAGAGAAGCUACCCCUCAAACUGCACAUCUACACACAAACAAACAAUGCAUAGGAUUCCAAGGCUUUAAAGCUGAGAGACCCUGGCCUCAAGUUAUUUCAUGCGCACAGAGGGAAGCCAUGUGGGGUUGCUGCAGAUGCCUUGAGGUGAAAUGGGGGCAGGAAAGCCACAUCUUGCUCUGCAUUUAUAAAGACCGUACAAACUGAGAUCCUUGGUACCCCUAAAAAGAUUGCCAAUUUUCUUCAUCUUUGCCAUAUGGAAGACUGUGACAGACUUGGACAGUGGCCUCUUGAGUUCCUCUGCAGUUUUGACAUUUAGGAUUUUGUGUCUUUUAAACUGGAAAAUCUUCUAGCAUGUUGGGUUGUUAUAGAGUAUAUUUUUGUCUGCAGCUGUUUGUUACCCCGUUCCUAAGAGGAGUUUAUCCAUCCUGA